CUGAAUGUAACUGGGCGAGUGUAGAAGAAGUGCCCUCUUAAAAAGCACAACAAUCCUUUAAGAGGAGAGAAAUUGAGUUUCCCCAUUUUUGCCAGGAACUUGAAGACAACUCAAUGUAUUGUUCAUUUGCUGUAAGAUGAGAACUUUAUAAAGUAUUCUGUCCAAGAGCGUAAAGGAUGACUACCCCAGCCCUGCUGCCCCUCUCUGGACGUAGGAUACCACCUCUGAACCUGGGGCCGCCCUCCUUCUCGCAUCACAGGGCUACCUUGAGACUUUCUGAGAAGUUUAUCCUUCUCCUUAUUCUUAGUGCCUUCAUCACCCUGUGUUUUGGGGCAUUCUUUUUCCUUCCAGACUCUUCAAAACACAAACGCUUUGAUCUGGGUUUAGAAGAUGUGUUAAUUCCUCAUGUAGAUGCUAAAGGGGCUAAAAACUCUGGAGUCUUCCUGAUCCAUGGACCCGAUGAACACAGACACAGGGAAGAAGAAGAACGUCUGAGAAAUAAAAUUCGAGCUGAUCAUGAGAAGGCCCUGGAAGAAGCAAAAGAAAAAUUAAGAAAGUCAAGAGAGGAAAUUCGAGCAGAAAUUCAGACAGAGAAAAAUAAGGUAGUCCAAGAAAUGAAGACCAAAGAGAAGAAGCCACUGCCACCAGUCCCUAUUCCAAACCUUGUAGGAAUAAGUGGUGGAGACCCAGAAGAUAAUGACGUAAGAGAGAAAAGGGAAAAAAUUAAAGAGGUAAUAAGCAGAGAUUUAUGA